AUGGUUAUCCUAUGGGCAGAGGCCAGUGCCAAUACUGGACAAGAAACUAGAGAAUACAUCUUGAGGAUUGCGGGUACAAGAGCUACUACAUGUUAUGAAAAGUAUCUUGGUUUACCUGCACUUGUGGGGAGAUCAAGGCACAAUACUUUUAAAAGCAUCCGAGACAGAGUGAGGAGUAGGGUGAGUAAUUGGAAGGCUAAGUUUCUCUCUCAGGCAGGAAAGGAGAUUCUCCUCAAAGUGGUGAUUCAAGCACUUCCUACCUAUUGCAUGGGAGUAUUUAAAUUGCCAAAGACUUUGUUGAAGGAAAUUAAUAGAGUGAUGCAUCAUUACUGGUGGGGCCAAUGGUAUAAGGAGAGUAAAGUGCAUUGGGUUUCUUGGAGUCAAAUGGGAAUGGCAAAGGAAGCAAGAGGAAUGGAUUUUAGAGAGUUUGAGAGUUUUAAUUUAGCCUUGUUGGCUAAGCAAGGUUGGCGUGUACUUCAAUUUCCUGAAUCUUUGGCUUCCCAAGUUCUCAAGGCCAAAUAUUUCAGAAGUUCUAACUUUCUUCAGGCUAAGUUGGGAGCAAGACCAUCAUUCAUUUGGAGGAGCUUUUUGGUUGCUAGAAGUCGCAUUGUGAAAGGCUCCAUGUGGAGAAUUGGGAGUGGUAAGGAGACCAGAAUCUGGAAGGAUAGUUAG